AACAAAUGGUUCUUAUCCCUUUCAUGCAUUCAUAUACAACAUGAUUUGACCACUCACCACAUAACCCACACUCAUGCUGCUAUUCUGGAAAACAGCAAUAAAUCUAUGGUGUCACCAUCCAACUGAUUCUUUGAUUUAGGUGUCCCUGAAGUUGGUCUUGCUACAGCCACCUAUGCCAGAUAACUGCAGGGUUUUGCCAAAGGUGUUGAAAGUACUGGGAUUCUGAUGUUAUCUUCAUAGUCCAGAGGCAUUUUUCUUCUUCAUGGGUGGUUUUAAGAUUUUGAGAGACAAGAUAGAGGAUAAGAGGUGGGGGUUGAACUCCUCCUUGCAGUGAGCUGGGGCCUUUCACUCACCGUGAAACCACGGUUAUAUGGUAUACAAGGUAAAGCAAAUCUCUUUUAAGGAAGCUAGUGUGAGUUUAUACUAUUAAUUUAAUACAACUUCAAGCUAUGAGGCGUAGCUGGGGCAGCUGCCAGAUUCUCCUAGGAGCAGCCUGGAGACUGAGGCAGAAGCCUUGCCUGCAGGGCUCAGUUUUGACGGGGAUUGUAAAGAGACACUGGAAAAAUGAAGUACGGAAAAGUGCUCAUGCUGACUGAAGUCCGUGCUCGGGAACGAGCAGUGACAGCGAGCUGAAGCCGUGGCGAAAUGCGGCUCGUCGGUCACACGUCUUUCCUACUGGGCUGGGUAGACCAGCCCUCGAGACCGGCUCCUCCGCCGCUGCAUACACUCAGACCCCUGCCAUGCCCGCCGUGUGCGUGCCUCCCGCACACGAGGCGAGACGCUCGCGGCCGGGUCGGGGCGGGCGGGCCCGAAGGGCGGCUCUGCCUCCGCCGCUCCCUCCCUCAGGGGCGCGGUCCCGCGCUCCGGGGCGCUCGGAGCGCGCACGCGCGGCUGGAGCGGCGGAAGCCCACGAAGAUUCAGAAGACAAAUGAAAAAUGACCCAGUCUUGAGAGUGAGGCCUGUAUUUGAAUAGUUCUGGCUUAAUUCUGGAUUUUGCUGUCCAAGGAUUAUCUUCCUGGGUCGUGACAGUUUAUUAUCUCUUUGUGUUCAAUGGGGCAACGAAUUCACUUUGUGGUUGACCCUCAGGGUUGGUGCUGUAUGGGCCUAAUUAUCUUCGUCUGGCUGUACAAUACAAUCUUCAUUCCAAAGGUCAUCCUUUUUCCUCAUUAUGAAGAGGGAAAUAUUUCAGUUGUGGCAGUUUUGUGUUAUUACUUCUGCUCAUUGUUUUGUAUAGCUUCAUUAUUUAGAGCCUCAGUAGCAGAUCCAGGAAAACUACCUGAAAAUCCAAAGAUACCAAUUACAGAACGAGAACACUGGGAGUUGUGUAACAAAUGUAGUAUGAUGAGACCAAAGCGUUCACACCAUUGCAGUCGCUGUGGGCAUUGCGUGAGGAGGAUGGAUCACCACUGUCCAUGGAUUAAUAAUUGUGUUGGUGAAGACAAUCACUGGCUGUUUUUGCAGCUGUGUUUCUACACUCAGAUCCUUAGUUCCUAUACGCUGAUACUUGACUUUUGCCAUUACUACUACUUUUUGCCUCUGAGAAAAGAAAACUGGGAUGUGUUUGUAUUUAGACAUGAACUUGCUCUCCUAAGAUUAUCUGCCUUCAUGGGUCUAAUAAUAUUAGGUGGAAUAAGUCGACUCUUUUAUACUCAGCUAAUGGGUAUUUUCACUGACACUACAAGUAUAGAAAAAAUGUCAAACUGUUGUGAAGACAUAUCGAGGCCCCGAAAGCCAUGGCAGCAGACCUUCUCAGAAGUUUUUGGCACUCACUGGAAGAUCCUGUGGUUUAUUCCUUUCAGGCAGAGGCAACCACUGCGAGUUCCCUACCACUUUGCCAAUCAUGUCUAAACAGAUGGAUGGUGGGCACAGAUGGGUCCUCCAUGCUGGAAGUGCAUUACAGGUUUUAUGAUAAUAGGACUAUGACAAUCUUCAAGUCAAUUAAAAUGCAGGCAUAGGCAUCACAGUGUGCCCUGCGCAUUAUUUUAGUUAUGGUCUUGAUUUUAUUCUGAAAUCAAUGCAAGUUAAACAAUCAACUUCAGGCUUAUUUACUUUAAAAUUAGCUUUCCAAAGAGAUUCCUUUUGUCUUCAAGGUUAGUACCAGAAGUAAGCAACUGGAAUGUAGUCUUCAUCCAACUUGAUACUGGCUCUUUUUUU